CAGUACUUCAAAACUAGCAAAACUCCCGUAGUAGAGAGCGCGCACACACUCUCAACCCUAAAACCCUAAAACCUUUCGUUCCUAAAAACUCCGCUCUCUCCAUCUCCAUCGCCGCCACAACCAUGACGGAGCUAAAACUUUCUGAAACCCGCGACCUAACGCGCAUAGAGCGCGUGGGAGCACACUCACACAUUCGCGGCCUGGGUCUCGACUCUUCCUUAGAGCCACGCGCCGUCUCUGAAGGCAUGGUCGGCCAAGUCUCCGCUCGCAAAGCCGCCGGCGUCAUUCUUCAGAUGAUUAAAGACGGUAAAAUCGCUGGACGCGCUGUUCUUCUCGCCGGUCAGCCAGGUACUGGCAAAACCGCUAUUGCAAUGGGAAUGGCGAAAUCCCUCGGUCUUGAGACUCCGUUCGCCAUGAUUGCUGGUAGUGAGCUUUUCUCUCUUGAGAUGUCGAAAACCGAAGCUUUGACGCAGGCUUUUCGUAAGGCGAUUGGUGUGAGAAUUAAGGAGGAAACGGAGGUGAUUGAAGGUGAGGUUGUUGAGGUUCAGAUUGAUCGUCCGGCGGUGGCUGGAGCUGCGGCGAAGACGGGGAAGUUGACGUUGAAGUCGACGGAGAUGGAGACGGUUUAUGAUUUGGGGGCGAAGAUGAUUGAGGCGAUUGGGAAGGAGAAAGUGACGAGUGGUGAUGUGAUUGCAAUUGAUAAGGCUUCUGGGAAGAUUACAAAGCUUGGGAGAUCGUUUUCGCGCUCGAGGGAUUUUGAUGCUAUGGGGCCUCAGGUGAAGUUUGUGCAGUGUCCUGAUGGUGAGUUGCAGAAGAGGAAAGAGGUGGUGCAUUGUGUUACUCUUCAUGAGAUUGAUGUUAUUAAUAGCAGAACGCAGGGAUUUCUGGCUCUUUUCACCGGUGACACAGGUGAAAUUCGUGCGGAAGUCAGAGAACAAAUUGACACGAAAGUGGCAGAGUGGAAAGAAGAAGGAAAGGCAGAGAUUGUGCCUGGUGUCCUUUUCAUUGAUGAGGUACACAUGCUUGACAUAGAGUGCUUUUCAUUCCUCAAUCGGGCUCUGGAGAAUGAAAUGUCUCCCAUUUUAGUUGUGGCUACCAACAGAGGCAUUACAACUAUUCGAGGCACAAAUUACAAGUCCCCACAUGGGAUUCCCAUUGAUCUUCUUGAUCGCCUACUCAUCAUCUCUACUCAACCUUACACUGAGGAUGAAAUUCGCAAAAUUCUGGAUAUCAGAUGCCAAGAGGAAGAUGUAGACAUGAGUGAAGGUGCAAAGCAUUUGUUAACCAAAAUAGGUGUAGAAACAUCUCUACGCUAUGCCAUUCAUCUAAUCACAGCAGCUGCUUUGGCAUGCCAAAAGAGAAAGGGAAAGACAGUGGAAUUGGAUGAUAUUAAUCGGGUUUACAAUUUGUUUUUGGAUGUCAAAAGAUCGACACAGUACUUGAUGGAAUAUCAAAGUCAAUACAUGUUCAGUGAAACAGGAGAGGUUGAUGAAGACGACACCAAUGCUAUGGUCCAGUGAAAUUCAUUCACCUCAGUUUGAGACUUUGUAAUUAUCUGAGUAGUCAUGAUUAAUGUAAGUUGCAGCAAUUUAUUUCAUGAUCCGGUGGGUCAUUGCACUUAAUUUGUACCUGAUAUUGAGCACAAGCUGUUUUUCCAAAGUUGAAUUGCAAUAUCUACAGCAUUCACGUGAGAGGCUGCACUGUAUUUUGUUUCUACUGAACUUAUCAAAGACUUCUUUUUUAUAAUUGUAAUGUCAUGUGUGUACCAUCAUGUUCAUUUUCUUUCACUAGUUAUCAAUAGAGUAGUUCAAGAGUAA